UUCGCUUCCAAAGAAAAUGAAGAAUACUACUCUUGCACUCGUAGCAUCGCUACUCGUAGCCUCCGGCAUGUGCGGUUUCGACGUGCAAACGUUCAAAGGGAUGAACGACAAGGCGGUCAGCAGGCAUGCGGUGAAGAGAGAUGGUGGACACUUCCUGUGGAACCCCGACAACACGGCUUAUUGUACCGACGGCAGCCAGUGCAUUGGGUGGUGCGGCUUCAUGGAGGAUUACCUCGCCAACACGCCGAACGCGGACGGAUGUGGGCAAAACAAUCUCUGCUACUGCCAGACGACCGAUCCGAAAGCGACUUGCGAAUACAUGCUUGGGCAUCCAGUAGUGGAUUCAUGUACUCGGGGUGGAAGUGUUCUGGAUCUUGGCUCGCAGUACGAGGGCAUCUGCGUCUCUGCUUGCCAGCCAGACGACCCUCGGGAGAAGGAACACGGCGGAAACGGCAUGUGCAAUGCCUCGACUGAUCCUUGUUUAAAGGCUUGAGCCUUCUUGGAGGUCUGGUUGAAAUUGUCUGCCGUUCUUGGUGGAGCUAUGCGGACUCACAGAUCAGAUCUUGAUCGAUGUCGGUCGAGCUUCGUGUACUGACAGUCCCGGUCUUCUCAAAUGCUCGGUGAGCUACCAACGGCGAAUUCAGUCUAUGUACUGCUGCACAAUUUCGAUCGAC